CUAUUUUCAAAAUCCGAUCUACCUUAUUGACGUUCUGUUUCGUUUAUUAUAAAUAAGUAUUGCAAAACAGUGUGAAGGUUUCAAUUGGUUUAUAGUGAAUGGUUUGUUCGAACAAGCCACAUGGUCUUAGAUUUCUAAGUUUAUCUAAAUACGAGGGAUUUUCACAAGUGAAAACUGAAAAGUUGACGAUUAACCAACCACAAUGCCGCAGAACGAAUAUAUUGAACGUCAUCAAAAGCUUUAUGGCCGAAGACUUGACUAUGAGGAGAGAAAACGAAAGAGAGAAGCCCGUGAGCCUCACAAGAGAGCAGAGAAGGCUCGCAAACUUCGCGGUAUCAAGGCUAAGAUAUUUAACAAAGAGCGUAGAAAUGAAAAGAUUCAAAUGAAAAAGAAAAUUAAAGCACAUGAAGAGAAAAAUGUUCAACAAAACACUGAAAAAGUUGGGGAAGGUGCUCUACCAGUAUAUCUGCUUGACAGGGAUGUACAAUCAAGAGCUAAAGUUCUAUCUAACAUGAUUAAGCAGAAACGUAAAGAAAAGGCAGGAAAAUGGGAUGUGCCGAUACCUAAAGUUAGGGCACAAGCUGAUGCAGAAGUAUUUCGGGUUCUUAAAUCUGGAAAGACUAAGAGAAAGGCGUGGAAGCGAAUGGUAACUAAAGUUACAUUUGUUGGAGAGAACUUUACAAGGAAACCCCCAAAGUUUGAGAGGUUUAUUCGGCCUAUGGCUCUGAGAUUCAAAAAGGCUCAUGUGACACAUCCUGAGUUAAAAGCUACAUUCUGUUUACCAAUUAUAGGUGUAAAGAAAAACCCAAGCUCUCAAAUGUACACAAGUUUAGGUGUGAUUACAAAGGGAACAGUAAUUGAAGUUAACAUAUCUGAACUUGGUUUGGUGACACAAGCUGGUAAAGUUGUGUGGGGGAAAUAUGCUCAAGUAUCCAACAAUCCCGAAAAUGAUGGUGUUAUCAAUGCUAUACUACUUGUCUGAAAUGUGAGACAAAAGCUUCUAAUAAACAUAAAUUAAUUGAUGAAA